AUGGAUCCUUUUACUCAGCGUAUGUUAGAAAGGGCGCGGGCAAGACAGGAGAAAAUUGACCAAAAACUGGCAAAUUCUGGACAGGCUGUGCCAAAACGGAAGCCUUUAGCUGAGAACGUUGGAAUCGUUAAGCCUCAAUCUUCCCCAAGUAAAUCGCCUAUUAAACCUUCAAGGGAUUCUGUGCUAUCACCAAAAAAAUCAGCCAGAGAUUCGUUAAAAAAUGAUUUACAGAGAAAAAGUAUACAAAAGACUGAUCUUGUAGUUGCUUCGCCACAGAAGCGUAACGAUGUAGUGGUAACGAAAAAGGAGUUCAAAAGCCCUAACAGGGGAAGCUUAAACAGACGCAACUCUGAUGUAUCUGUGGAGAUUAACAUUUCACACAGAAAUGAUAUACAAAUAGAAGUGCAAGUGGAGGAAAGGGAGAUUCCUAUCAGUAUAGUCUAUGAUCCAAACAUGGAAAAAGGCAGUAGUGUGACUAUUAAAGAAAUUGAAGACGACACCUCUCGCGCAAUCGUGGAGAAAGAAGAAUGUCACACGGCUGACGCUAAGAAUGAACGUCCAGCAUUACGCCAUAAUAUAAAAUCCAGACUGGACAGACUAGGAAACCUGUAUUCUGAUGAACCUAAUCUAUCAUCGCCAAUACAUCGCACAGAAUUGGAAUUCAACUCCGCCACUCCGCCAUCAGCAUCAGAACCAACGAAAGAGACGAAGCCGACGCACGAUGGCAAGAAGAAAUUCGGAAGACUUGCAGCUUUGGCAGACCAGAUCAAUAAUUGGGAGGAUGAUCUAUCGCAUCAUAACUUUAACCAAGAACCUAAGAAAAAUCAACCGCAGCAACGAAAACCCAAAGAUGAAAAGCUCGAGUCCUCCACUCUGGAUGUGUCCAUACACUCUAUCAACGACAUAAAUAAAGCAUUGCAAUCUACUGCUACUUCAAAUCGGACUGCAAAACCUUACACCCCUCGCAUCUUCACGAAACCGGUGAACGAGUGCCAGCGCCUCGAGAAGAAAAUCGUUGCUGAAUUGCAGGGCGAAGGAUUCCGGCGAGUCUCCGCUAGCCAAUCGCGGCUAGUUUAUGAUUUUACAACGCCGGAAAACACCGAUCGCGACCGACAGGGACCGAAGUGCACGCAGACAACCCCCAGUGCCGCCGCAGCCCCCAAGAUGGCGACAAUGGUCGCCAGCACACCGCCGGCUAACCCGGCGACCGUAACAAAAAAACCCUCCAUCAAAAAAUAUCGGGCACCUACGCCCCCGCGUAAGCUGCCAACGGACGAAAAUAGUGACAGUGAUAAAGACAAGGAAAACAAUGUGCUUCCGCAGGAAGAAAACCAAAACGACUCAUCGGAAUGUUGUAUACAAACAAAAACUGACGAUGACAAGCCGGCUUCCGAAAAGGGAUCGCCGGUAGUAAAAAAAAUUGCGCCAAGACUGAACGGCAAUGUCGACAGGAGCUCUGUAUUGUCCAAAGCAGCCAUGUUCGAGGCGGGAAGCCCUAAAACUAAAGAAAAAGACCCUGCGGAGAUGUCGUUAAGGGAACGCAAGGCGCUUUUUGAAAAAAAUAAGGGCUCCGCGAUUGUACCGAAAGCACCCUUCGGUCUUGCACCCUCCGUCAAAACAUUGCAAGGGGAAAAUAAAGCUGACAAAACACGGACAGCCCAAAACGCUAAAUCAGACACCAAUAAAGCCUUAUCAGAUACCACGCCAGUGCAUACGUCCGGUUCUAGAACGAACCUCUCUUCAAGCAAUUCUAGAACGAACCUCUCCUCGAGCAAUUCUAGAACGAAUCUCUCUUCGACCAAUUCUAGAACCAAUUCAAAGGAUAGCGUCAACGAGGAUACUGUUAGUCAGAGUUCUUUUGGUGGUGGAAUAAAAGGCAAACUGGCGGCUUUAUUUAACAAAGAGCAGACGAUAAGCGAGACGACAAUCACUAAUAAAUUUAAACAGGAAAGAGAGAAAGAGAUGGAGAUGUUGCAAAACAGAUUCCAUUAUAAGCCUAAACAAGAAGACACUCAACAGCUCAAUGACUCCGAUGACGAUCAGAGCGAGCACGAUCCCUCUGAGAAGGCCCCUUUAAUGGGCAGUACGACGAGCCUAUCCCUAGCGAGCAAGAAAGCCGAAAUUGUAUCCAACUUGCCCAAAGUUACCUUCGAUGAGAAGGAAUCGGAAGCGCCCGCUGAUAAGGAGGAUAAAGUUGUUGCCUCACAACCCGUAAAACGGAGAAGCUCUCAAGAUUCACAAGUUGUUCUUUCAGUACUGGAUGAUGUGAAGAGGAUAAAAGUAAACAAUAGCAAAGAAACAAACGGAUCUGUACUUCCGCAAGCUACUAUCUACCCACAUUUGUCAGAUAUUGAGACCGACCAUUCCAAUUCCCAAGAGGAGUAUUCUGACUGUGGUGGCUCAAGUGUAGAGAACCAUACCAACGAAAAUGUUUUGAAUAAAUCUGAUAAUUGGGCUGAAACGUCGUUCGGUCGAGAGGUGAUGAAUGUGGUGAAGAAAAACAACACGAGUUAUAAAAAGGCAGUACGCGAAAGCGAUUCGGACAGUUCUCAUAGUGCAUGUGACAGUGAACUCGAUGAUCUCCUGGAUGAAGCACUUGAAGACAGCGAGGGUCCCACGCCGCCUAAAGUGAACAAGCAGGGUCUGUCUUCAUCGAGCUUCGUAUACGAAGAAAAGGCGAAAUUCAAGUCGCCAGUCAAAAUGCCUCCAGCUACUACACCGGCCAGGAACGACCGCGGCUCGGAACUAGUGCACAGCGUCAGUUUCUACAGAAGAAUGCAAAAUGCCUCAACAACCCCGUCGACUCCGCUCCGAGUGAUACGACACACGUCACCGGAUCGCGAGAUACCGCCAACUCCGGACCAGCCCGUCGUCAACGUCACCACAGUGCGCGAACGCAUCAAGGAAUUGCAGAACGAAAUCGCCAAGCAACAGACAAUCAUAUCACAGGCCAGUCAAGCAUUGAAUCUUUGCGCCGCUACAAUAGAAUUUAGCGGCUCCACGGAACAAGCUGAAGGCGAGAGGCUAUUGCUUUUAGCGAGCCACAGGCGGCAGGCGUGCGUGCACGAGGUGCAGCGGCUGCAGGUGGAGGGCGCGGGCCCGGCCGCCGCCGCCGGCCCCGCCUCGCUACACCUGCACGCGCUCAAUGUACCCUUACGUCGCGACUACGUGCGGCAACUUAACGCGGAUGGUGCCACUGGUCACCAUGCUGUGUGCUUACUGAAGUGUCGCGACCGUGUUUUGGCCACAAGCAUGCAGCUAACCCAGCCCACCAGCAGCAUUUUACAUUUCCCCGACGAGAUACGAAUGGAUGGACUCGCCAGUGAUUUCAAGGUCACUGUUGAAAUCUAUCUAUUGCAAGCGUCAAAGGAAAUUCUACCCCAUGAAGUCAAAUAUCACAUCUCAAAUAAGAAGUCAAACUCAAAACUCCUGACUCCAAAGUCAAAGGUAUCAGAACUGAAGGCCCCGCGCGUCCAGAGUCCGGCCGGACCUCACUCCGUCAGAAGUCCGCAGUUCCAGUUGCAUGGGUAUUGCAUAUUCGCGUUGCAACAGGCGUCCAGGAAAUCCUUCACGUUAAAUAAGGUGCCUUGCGGCAGUCCGCUGGAGGGCUCGCUGAACGUAGACAUCCGCGCCAAGCUGCGCGUGUCGCCGCCCGCGCCGCACUGCGCCUUCCUCACGGCCUUCGACGACGUGUCGGGGCUCGGCGCCUGGCACCGCCGCUGGUUCCGCCUCACCACCCCUCGCCUGCAGUACUGGAAGUACCCGGACGAUGCCAACAAGAAGAUGCCAAUCGGCGACAUCGACCUCUCUACAGUGGUGUCGGAUAGAGUUGUGAAGGCGCCCAGAGAUCUCUGUGCAAGACCGAACACCCUCCUUCUAGAAACUUCCGUGCCCGCCGGCUUAGCGUCCCCGGACACGGGCUCGCUCAUUUACGUGCAACGACCGGACGGACAGAUUGUGCGGAGACAUCUUUUAGCUGCAGACACGCCCAAGGAUAGAGAUGAAUGGCUCGCGUGUCUCAAUAAGGCGUUAGAAUAUGUGAGGUGCAUGGGUACGGACGAUGAUUAA